AUGACUCGUCGAACGACCGCUGUUGACAGUAAGGGCCCGCUCAGGGUUCACAUCCAAUGCCGCGAGGGGCUGGCCCAGCGAGCUGAGUCGGCCAAGGAGUUCAUAGUAGAUGCGAGGAGCCGGCCGUGCCAGCUCGUGAAUGCCGCUCGGAGGUACUUCUGUCUAGCUGGGGUCAAGAGCCGCUUUCCAGCGGGGGACUGGAGACUCACGUGGUUGGAAGGAGCGAUGGAGGGGCAAGACGUGCCUAAGCGACGGAGCUCGGUCGGUGAUUGUGGGGUGAAGGAUGGAGACCAGCUUGCCCUACGCUUUGUCGAGAAGGAUACGUCUCCUACGCCGGAGGCCACUCUGGAGACUGAUCUGGGUGGAGGGGAAGAGCCAGUUAUUAAGAAAGCGAGGGUGGUUGAGGUUGAACAGAGUCAGGCCUCUACGGAGGUGUCAGGGGAUGAGGUGCAGCAUGAGGGUAUCAAGGGCGAGUUGAAGACAGAAGAAGAGGAGGUUGAGUGUGAGGAAAGGCAGCGGGGCGUCGACAGAUGUCCCCCAGAAGGCCCUAGCACUACUACUGUUGGCGAGCAAUACGAAACCAGGAAAACCCUGGCUACUAUUCUGACCGAAGUCGGUUGGAUGGACAGCGCAGAGGAGACGCAUGUCGCCUCGGGUGGGCGUGCUGGGUCAGGAGCCGGGCUGCCGAUCAAGUUGCCCUCCAAGACUAGGGACGAGUACAGAGUGCUCGGAGAAAUGCAGCUACUCACCGACGAUGUCGAUGGGGCUAUUGAGACUUUUGAUAAGCUCAUUGAACUUGAGGGGCCCGAUGGAGUCCGAUCACGUCUGUGCUGUGUCGUGGCCCACUGUGGUGGAUUGCUGGCUACUCGGUCUGUUGUGGCAAGUGAUAGGGCGAAAGCUCUGGUCGCGGAGCUCGGUGCUCGACAUGGCGGUCGAUUCGAAAAUAUCAUCGAAGCUGCGCAGAAGGCCGAAUCAGAGAUUUUCAAGGCGUUGAUCGGCAGCCUGCUUGCAUCCACUGGAGAGCCUCUGCUCUUACCAGUGGAGCUCGAGGCUCUCUAUGUUGCACUGGGCCGUUCGAGUCGGAUGGGCUGGCGGGCAGCGGCUAAGAGGAUAUGCACGUUGAUCGUGGAUGCGAGUGAAAAUGGCGUGCCUAUUGGAAGGCCCUACGAGAGGGUUCUUAAGUCGUUGCAGAAGGAGCUCGAUGAGACUCGGACUUUCAAUGAGUUCAAGGAGAAAAUGCAGAUGGGAAGUCUGGUGCCAAUCUCGUUACGACUCGUGGGGUCCCUCGAAGAAGUGUCGACAGAACUGAACGUAAAGCUGUCGGGAAACCUAAAUGUUGCCCAGUACGAGUUCCUAUGCCUUGUUCGCUUUCAUGACCUCAGAAGGGGUUUUCGCACAUUCAACUGA